CCCGGUGGAAACCCUCUCAAACGCAGACUCCACUGUCUCUUUGCACACUUGCCUUUACACUGAGUGCAAUAUGGUAGCAAAGCUGGACUGGCGGCUGUGAAUAAUAUGCAUUUAGGACCAAGCUCAUUACGCUACCCAGUCCUUCAAAUGGUCUUGUAACUCAUAUUAGAUUCUUACAAAAGGCUGGGUUUUGUGCUGCUUUGGAGAAGAUAACGGUCUUACGCGCGUCUCUGUCACACCUUGACCGUAUCCAACUCGCUUUUCUUCACACCACUGUAACUGAGUCAAGCCUUGAAUCGCCGCAGGGGAGACGAGCUGUCAAGAUACUUGAAUCCGUUUGGAUAGCUGGUGCUGCUUAAAGUCACUAUGCUCUCGUCCAGAGCAGGGGCACCCCCAGCUCCAGACUACUGGAUAGAUGAAUCGAAUAAGGAGAUCUUGGCUGACUACUAUGAGUUGGAGUCCGAAUUGGGACGGGGAGCGACAUCCGUGGUGUGCAGAUGUCGACAGAAGGGAACACAGAAGCCGUUUGCGGUGAAAACGCUGAAGAAAACAGUGGACAAGAAGAUAGUUAGGACAGAGAUAGGUGUUCUACUUCGACUCUCUCACCCAAACAUUAUCAAACUAAAAGAGAUAUUUGAGACCCCAUCAGAGAUCAGUCUGGUCUUAGAGCUUGUGACUGGAGGAGAACUAUUUGAUAGGGUUGUGGAAAAGGGCUUCUACACUGAGCGGGAUGCUGCUGAUGCUGUCAAACAAGUAUUAGAAGCCGUUGCAUACCUGCAUGAGAACGGUGUUGUGCACCGAGACCUGAAACCCGAGAACCUCCUAUAUGCCACCUCAGCACCAGAUGCUCCCCUCAAAAUAGCUGAUUUUGGACUGUCAAAGAUCAUUGAUGAUCAGGUCACAAUGAAGACAGUUUGUGGUACACCAGGAUACUGUGCCCCAGAGAUCCUGCGAGGAUGUGCUUAUGGACCUGAGGUUGACAUGUGGUCAGUGGGAGUUAUCACAUACAUCUUGCUAUGUGGCUUUGAACCGUUCUUCGAUGAUAGAGGGGACCAGUACAUGUUCAAGAGGAUCCUCAACUGUGAAUAUGAGUUUGUCUCCCCCUGGUGGGACAAUGUGUCCCUCAAUGCCAAGGACCUGGUGAGAAAGCUGAUUGUCCAGGAUCCAAAGAAGCGGCUGACGACCUUGCAAGCGCUGCAGCACCCCUGGGUGACUGGGAAGGCAGUUAACUCAGCCCAUAUGGACACUGCUCAGAAGAAACUGCAGGAGUUCAAUGCACGCCGAAAACUCAAGGCUGCAGUAAAGGCCGUGGUGGCCUCGUCACGAUUGGGCAGCGCUGGCAGUCACGGCAACGCUGACAACAGCAAGAACAGCAACUGCAACAACUCCACCAAUCAGAAAGGGGCACAAGAGGAGCAGCCACGGAAUGAUCAGUCACAGUCACAGAUCCAGGAGGGAUCCUAACUGUGGAUCUCCUCUGUUGUUGCAUGUCACCCUGUGAAGCCAUUCUACCCUCCUGUUGGACUGUGAAGUUUCUGAGAGGAACCAUAUGGUCUCACCUAUACUGGGGAUACUCUGCCUGGCUUUAUUGCAUGUGACUGAUUUAUUAAACAAUGUACAACCAUAUUGACUUGGCACAUUGCAAGAACAUGCCUACAAGUAUUUUAAGUACAUGUGAAAUCAGAGUUUACGACUGUGCAUGCCCAUUUCAUAACUCACACAACAAGUAGCUUCACUGGAUGGUUGAUCUAUUCCAUUAUACCAUGUCAUAACUGCAAAAUGACGUCCAAGUGUUCACAGUAUUAAUUUGCCUGUUUAUAAAUGAAUUCAUAACGAUGGUAAUCAUCAUGCUACUUUGGUGGCAGAAUAUAAUAUAGACUGGAGAAUCGAUUUGCAAUACUGGUUGAGUAAGCCUACAGUAUCUGUUUGGAGAACGGGUUGGACACAUUUUUCAGAUGGUCAUAAACUGAACCUUUAUUACAACUUCUAAGGAGAAUGCCUUAUUGUAUCUUAUUAUCUGUGUUUUACACUCCUUUUGUAAGAAAUAUUUAAUAUCUUGUUAAAGGUCCAAUGCACCCGUUUUUAUCAGAAUAUCAAAUAAU